CCUGAUCUUCACAGUGUUUGCGCGCGGGAUCCAGCAGGCUGCGGGAAGGCAUGGGUUAAGGAGCGGGGGGUUCUGGAUUCCUCCUCUCCUGAUCGCCAUGAAGAACAAAUGAACUCUCGGGGAAUGAAAUUCAAAUUCCAGAAAGGGGAAAAAGUUCUCUGCUUCGAACCCGACCCGUCUAAGGCCAAAGUGCUGUAUGAUGCAAAGGUGGUCGAUAUCGUAGUGGGGAAGGAUGAGAAGGGAAGGCGGAUCCCCAAGUAUCUGAUUCAUUUCAACGGCUGGAACAGAAGUUGGGAUCGCUGGGCUGCAGAGGACCAUGUGCUGCGAGAUUCAGAGGAAAAUCGCAAAUUGCAACGUAAACUGGCUCGCAAAGCUUUGGCUCGCAUGAGGAGAAAAGGAUGGAGGAAGCGACGUUGUCGUUUACCAGGUGUUAACUCCGUUUUAAAAGACGUACCUGGGGACGAAUCGGAUGAAAGUGAUGAUCAUUUGAUCACAUCAUCUGACGACAGUCACGAGGACAAUUCUGAUCCAGAGUCUUUAAAAAGUGAGAGUGAGUCGUCUGAGGAGCUGGAAGAAAUGAAAGAGGAGCCGGAGGUUCACAUAAAGCGGGAGAACGAAGAGAAGAACAUCAAUAUAAACAUAGACAUUCCUGAUGUACUCAAGAAAAAGCUGGAGGACGACUGCUACUACAUCAACAAAAGAAAAAAGUUGGUGAAGCUGCCAUGUCAGAUGAACGUAGUGAACAUUCUGGAGUCUUAUGUGAAACAGUUCACUAUCAACGCUGCCUUUUCUGCCAACGAGCGCUAUCGACAGCCUCAGAGCUCAACGCAGUCCAACGUGAACCCGCACUAUGUACCACCUGAGAAAAAUGAGGAGCUCUGUAAAGAGAUGGUAGACGGCUUGAGGAUCACUUUUGACUUUACCUUACCCAUCAUUCUUCUGUAUCCCAGCGAGCACACCCAGUUUAAAAAGGUCAGCUCGUCCAAGUUUUUCCAGCCAAUCGGUGAUGUUGCAGGAUGCUCUAGCAGGCCUCUCAGUGACCGUUCCCCAAGUCCAGGCCUGAACCCUUCCACUCCUCAGUCGACAGACGGCCAGUCUGCUCCCGAGACCUGCGUCUCCCCUGUCGUCACGGCGACAACACCAAAGCGCCGCCGCUGCACCAAUCCCGAUUCGGAUACCCCGCACUCCCUGAGACGCUCCACGCGUAACACCUCCGGGGGAGAGAAGAGCACCGAGGGAGGAAGCAGCACCAACACCUCCCCUCAACCCAAACGCAGACUCGCCGAAGUUCCAACUCCGCUGCCCAAAUUCUUCCUCAACCUGGAGAAGCGAACCCCAGUUCACAGUGGCUCGUCGUCUCCUUUACCUCUCACUCCCAGUAAAGACGGCAGUGGAGUUUUCUCAGUCCUGGAAAGCCGCAGAAACAAUGAACUGAACGAGGUGUUAAGUUGGCGUCUGACGCCUGAUAACUAUCCUCUGAGUGACCAGCCUCCUCCUCCGUCCUACCUGUACGGCUCCCAGCAUCUCCUGCGCCUCUUCGUGAAACUUCCGGAGAUUCUCAGCAAAAUGCACAUGUCUGAGAAGAACCUGAGGGCUUUGGUGAAGCACUUGGAGCUUUUUCUCAGGUUUCUGGCUGAAUUUCAUGAGGAUUUCUUCCCUGAAUCUGUGUACGUCUCCGCCACCGAAGCGCAUUACUGUAUGAAGCAGCCUCGUUCCGUCUGCUGACAGAAUGGAUCUCGUUCCUCCGCGUUCGGCCCCGGCGUUGCUGAUUACCUAAGCGCUUUCUCUACCUAUUCUGUUCACAUCUAGAAUCUCAGCAACUUUAAUUUUCUCUUUCGGAGGAUUACUGACUUUUUUUCUUGCUUUUUAAUUUUUUUUCUCUGCAGAACAGAUGUCCUCCCUCCUUUAGCUUGCUUGUAUGGAUGGAGGGAGGAAGUGAGGGAGGUCCCUGUUUGAACUGUUUCUGCUGUGUUUUGUUCACAUCUGCUGCUGCUUUGGCUGUAGCGUCUCCGCUCCUCUGCUCCUCGUCUUUAGUCUCUUUGCAACCAAAGCAGUCAGAACUUUGUUUGGACUUCGCUUCUUCUUGUUUGCUUUAAAAAGCCUGGAUUGUUUGAGUGUUGUAUAUAUUUUUUACACAGUGUCUGUCUAUCCGAGUGGUUUUGAUUCCUUGUGUGCCAUAAGUUUUUAUGUAGUAUGGAUGAAUAUUAUAUUUCUGUCUAUUGGGACAGAUCGAGAAGUCUUUCGUACAUCAAAGGAAUACUCCAGCAUUUUUUCCCCCUUAUUUUCAUAUUUGCAUCUGUUUAUGGUCAGUUACCUUGUACAUGAUCCAUUGUAUUAAAAAAAGAAAACACAAUGUCUAAGAGCUGUGUAAAAAUAGAAGUCCAAAGAAACUUGUAUUUAAUUCUGUCAAUAAGCGUUUAAAUUGAAUGUUUUGUUUUAUAUGAAUGCUGGGAUGAAGCAUUUUUCCUGAAAUCUGGCAUUUACAUCUGAAAAUACCUAUUGACACCAUGUAGCACAAUUCCACUGCUUAACAGGCAGAUAAAGCCAGACGCACACAUGCUGUGUUAUUGGUUUGUAACAUCCUCCAUUGAAGCAGUGGUGGUGUCAGUCUCCUGGUUAUAAAAACAUACAUACAUUAACAGACCAGCACCCUAAAAUUCAGUUAGUUCAUUGUUUCAAUGUCAAAUGUUUUCAAUUUCUAAAGCGUUCACUGAAAACCUAAAUCUGGAUUCCUGAUAUUAAGACUGAAUACCUAAUAUAGUUCAACAUGCUAGCACACCACUGCAGAGUGUUCGAACUCAUGAGUGCAGAUUUAAUUUACAUAUAAGACAACAUUGUUACUUUUAGAAGCAACAGGCAAAAUCUAAUCUUUAGUCAGGACUCUUUGCUCCUGCUUUAGCAUCGGCUCAUUUUAUUCCAUCGGAUCAUGUUCAGAAGCACAAAUGAUCCCGUUCAGAGGAGCAAAGACGCUCGUCAGUGAUGUUCCUACUGUUGUACACUGACUGGCCACUGUUACACCUGCUCAUACUUGUAAUAAUCCAGUCAAGUGCCAGGAGCAGAAUGAAUAAAAUAAAAUAAAAAAGGCACAGCAUCAAGAGCUUUGGUUAAUGUUUAAAUGGAACAAUGAAAAAAUUCCCUGCUGUCAUUGGCGGUGCCGGUUUUUUACAAACAGCUGUACCUGGGUGUUGGGAUGGCACAGCGGUCUAACCCACACCAACCAGGCCAGACUUCCACACAAACAAACAGGUGACUGUAUUUGAGGGAGGGAGGGAAGGUCUGACAGGGUCUCAUCCAUGGGGUGGAGAUGGAGAGUGUAGCGCAGCUCUCCAUGGGCGAUAUGGCUCUGUGUGGAAAUCCAAAUGUCAGGUGAAAAGAAGCAACUAGCGACUGGGUUACAAUCAGGAAUUAUUAAUUACUAGAUUUGGGUGGGGGUUAAUAAAUAAAACUACUCUCUUGAAAUUUUUAUGCAAAACUAUCGCUAGAGGUUAGCCGUAAAGGGGGAAAAACAUCCAGUGAGCAGCAGUUCCGCAAAUUAACAGGCCUUGUCUAGAAGAGUCAGGGGGGAUUAGUCAGACCUUGAGCCGGUUAGACUGCAUUCACUUCGAUUUGCUUCAUAUUGUAUGAACUCAUGAGACUGUUGUGCAUGUAAAUCUCACAUCAUCAGCAGUUUCUGACUUGCAUAAAUCAGCCUGCCUUGUGCUAGCUAUAAAACAUCAAAGAUACUCUGAUUAACAUUCUGAUGUUUGAUAGUCCCAUGUUUGUAUGAUUUUUAUGCACUGCGCUGCAGCCACAUGACUGGUUGACCGGACAGUCACAUGACUGAGUAGAUGUUCCUAACAGUACAUGGAGUAAAUAUUAUUUGCUGUUUAAAAAAAAUUGUUUGGAUUUUUUAUAUUUUUUUGUAUGUUUUAAUUGUUCUGGUGUGUUUACUAGACACGUGCUGAAUAAACACGCUUUGUUCAAGUCA